ACAACGUGGAAGACCUGCAGCAAACAUGGUGCUCGACUUGGACCUGUUCCGGACAGACAAAGGCGGAGACCCCGAAGCCGUCCGCGAGAUCCAGAGGAAGCGGUUCAAAGAUGUCUCACUCGUGGACAAACUGGUGGCUGCGGACACGGAGUGGAGGAAAUGUCGCUUCAAUUCAGACAACCUCAACAAGAUGAAGAACCUGUGUAGCAAGAGCAUUGGGGAGAAAAUGAAGAAGAAGGAGCAUGUUGGGGAGGACGAGGCUGUACCUGAAGAAGCACAGAACCUUGAGUCCCUAACAGCUGAAACACUAUCGGCCCUGACAGUAACCCAGAUCAAAAAGGUGCGUGUGUUGGUGGACGAGGCGAUGGAGAAAGCUGAUGGUGAGAGGAUAAGGCUGGAGGCGGAGCGCUUUGAGUACCAGAGGGAGGUCGGCAAUGUUUUGCACCCAUCGGUGCCCAUCAGCAAUGACGAGGAUGCAGACAACAGGGUAGAGCGCACCUGGGGCGACUGCACUGUCCAGAAGAAGUACUCCCAUGUGGACCUGGUGGUCAUGAUCGAUGGUUUUGAGGGCGAGAAGGGAGCUGUUGUGGCCGGCAGCAGAGGUUACUUUUUGAAGGGCCCUCUGGUUUUCCUGGAGCAGGCUCUGAUCAACUACGCCUUAAGGAUCCUGUACAGCAAGAGUUAUACAAUGCUCUACACACCCUUCUUCAUGAGGAAAGAGGUCAUGCAGGAAGUCGCCCAGCUCAGCCAGUUUGACGAUGAGCUUUACAAGGUCAUCGGUAAAGGCAGUGAGAAGUCAGACGACAACUCCAUAGAUGAGAAGUACCUCAUUGCCACCUCUGAGCAGCCCAUCGCAGCCUUCCUGAGGGACGAGUGGCUGAAACCCGAGGACCUGCCCAUCCGCUACGCCGGCUUCUCCACCUGCUUCAGACAGGAAGUGGGCUCCCAUGGCCGAGACACCCGCGGGAUCUUCAGGGUGCACCAGUUUGAAAAGAUUGAGCAGUUUGUGUAUGCCUCCCCACAUGAUAACAAAUCAUGGGAGAUGUUUGAUGAGAUGAUCGGGACGGCAGAGGAGUUCUACCAGACGCUAGGAAUUCCUUAUCGCAUCGUCAAUAUAGUCUCUGGUGCCUUGAAUCAUGCAGCAAGUAAGAAGCUGGAUCUGGAGGCCUGGUUCCCUGGUGGCUUGGGCGCUUUCAGAGAGCUGGUCUCCUGCUCAAACUGCACUGACUACCAGGCCAGGCGCCUCCGCAUCCGCUACGGACAGACCAAGAAGAUGAUGGACAAGGCAGAGUAUGUGCACAUGUUGAAUGCCACCAUGUGCGCGACCACUCGAGUGAUGUGUGCCAUCCUGGAGAAUUACCAAACCGAUGAAGGCAUCAUUAUUCCAGAGAAGCUCAAGGACUUCAUGCCCCCAGGUUUGACAGAGAUCAUCAAGUUUGUCAAGCCUGCUCCUAUUGAUCAGGAGAUGUCUAAAAAAGCAAAGAAAAAUCAGGAAGGAGGAGCAGGAGGCAAGAAGAAGAAGCAGGGUGGAGGAGACCAGAACCUGCCUAACGCCAUGGAGAGCAUGUCUGUCAACGACUCAUAGGCUCCACUACACAACAGCUUUGUUGCUUCACCAACCUCACAGAUAGAAACUGAUGGACUAGAGCCGAGUCAGCGAUGACGUUUCUCCCAAACUUUGAUAGUGGUUAAAAAAUGGAGAAGUGAAUCUCCCAGGCUGGCACUUGAUAUUACUGAAGGUGUGGCUCUAUCCCAUCUGUGUCUAUCUACCAGGAUGGUGUUCUUUUCAUCUCGGCUGUUCCUCUCAUUCUCUCAAGAAGGGAUUGCUCUGUGCUGUCACCCAUCCACAGUCCACUACACCACCUGUCUCUUCACUUCUCUCACAUCUGCAGCAUUUGAGCCUAAUACAAACAGAUACAACUUCCCUCCGAGGGGACAGAGCAUGCUCGUGUAUGCACAUCCAGCAGGGACAUUUCUGGCAGAUGAACUGUUGAUUGUUCACAGGCACACAGGGUUGUUUUCCAGCUGUGUUUUGGGUUCUGUUCUUAUCAUUAAAAAGUGUGGUUUCCAAAUGUUUUGGUGGUUUGUACAACUGAUCUUUUACUGUCUGGAAUCAUCAUUCAUCAGCUUUUAUUGAGACUAAAUCUUGCAACUCUUCUGUGGUGACUUCAGGUCUGAAAUGGAUUUAAAGUUGGAAAGAGAAAUCAAAACAGGUAUUUAUAAUGUCUGCGGCUUCCCUUCAUGCUGUCUCUGACCACAAUCACAAUUCUCAACUUGCUUGAUGUCACUGUUGACCAUUAUGCUGCUCUCGAGCUAAUGAUUAAGACUGACAUUAAAUCUACUUGCAAAUAUAAAGAUAUAUCUAUGAUUGAACAUUGACAAAGUGGCACUCACUGUAAACAAAUAAAUACAGGUGAUACAGAA